CAAGAUCCGAAUCUCUACGGGCAACCAGCGCCCAAGAAACAAAAGAAGGAGUUGAAUCUUUCGGGUUCUCUAACCUUCUCGUCCCAGCUUAGUUCACUUCUCGCCGCGUCCUCAGCGUCAUCAACAUCAUCACCUGCCAGCACGACAGCCACAACCGGUCGUGCGCGGCCCUCUAAAGCUGGCAAGGACAUCUUUUCUGGGGUGAAAAAGAAGACUAAGCCUGGCGCGAAGACCGUUAACGAGGACAGAGACGGCAAGCUGACGCUCAAAGAGCCCGUGGGCACCGAAGAUGAGAAGAGGGAGCUUGAACGCGCCCGCCGGAAUAUGGAGCACAAGGCCCGUCUCUAUGCCGCCAUGCAACGCGGGGAUUAUAUCGGCAAGGAAAUCGGCCUGGUUGACUUUGACCGGAAAUGGGCGGAGGAGCAAGAGAAGAAAACAGGCCACACUGGCGAGGUCUCAUCUUCAUCAGAGGAUGAAGAGUCCGAGGUAGAAAGGGAAGAGUUAAUAGAGUACACCGACGACUUUGGCCGCACCCGCCUCGUCACGCCAGCCCAAAAGGCCAAGCUGGAGCGCUCCCGCUCCUCCGCCGCCGAACUCACGCAAAUGUCCGCUCGCCCUGCCGAGCCCGAGCAGCUGAUCGUAGGCGAUACCAUCCAGACGGAAGCCUUUGCCGCCAUUGUGACUGCGGACCGGUUGGAAACUAUCAAUGAGCUAGCCGCCAAGCGCGACAGGAGCGCGACGCCGCCUCCGCCGACCCAUUACGACGCGAACUGGGAGAUCCGCACCAAGGGUGUGGGAUUUUUCCAGUUCAGCAAGGACGAGAAGAAGAGAGAGGAGGAAAUGAGGGCGCUAGAGGAAGAACGCAAGAAGACGGAGGAGAAGAGGAGGGAGCGGGAGGAAAUCUUGGAGAAGAGGAAGAGAGAGAUUGAAGAGAGGAGGAAGGAGAUCAAGGAGAGGGGAGCAAGAAAGAUGGCGGAUAACUUUUUGGAAGGGUUGGGU